GCGCUUUCGUAGAGGAUUGAUACAUAGUAGAAGGAACUGUACCAGGUGGGUGCGUGGAAUCCGGGGUUUUGGGACGGUGGAAUCCGUGCAACAACUUUGCACGAAUAUGCGGGUAAUGCAUGCAAAGCCGAGGUAGUUCAUGACAUUGAAGUUUGUCUCAUUCCAAAUAACUUGACGGUGACGCCCUCCAGCGCAAUGCCACCGUCUAUCAUAGCAGCCACCGCAGCGAGUCGCGCCUCCCCGUACUACGUGCUUGGCCUCGUCUCCCUCACCGCGCUCACGCUCGCCGCCUUCACAUGGCUCAGCGUGACCACCCAAAAUAAUAUUGAUGCGUUCGCGGCCCCACGACCGUCGUGGCCCCACCAAUGGCCCGUGGUGUCGCGGCCGUCACGGUCGUGGCGGCCCGACAGCGCUGGACGUACCGCCCAGGGAGGUGGCCGGUUUGGUGGCGCGGCAAAUGAUGUGGCGGGCGACGACUCGGCGGACGAGGAGGAGCGGGGUGGAGCAACGGGGGAAAAAGGGGCGGAAGGCGCCCAGUGGAGGGCCGCGGCGGGGGAGAUUGAAGGGAGUGAGGCCGCGGCGCAGGUUGGGGAGUGGGCCCUCGGCGAGGACGAGCGGUUUGUGUGGUACGCGUCACACAGCGGAAUGAGCAACCAGGUGCUGGGCCUGUUCCAUGCGCUGCACAUGGCAGGGGUGCUCAACCGCACGCUCGUCCUCCCGCCCAAGCUGCCGCACUUCACGAGCGUGGUGCAAGUCAACAUCGACGAGGCGGGCUUCCGCCAGCGCGCAUGGCUCGUCUACUCCAAGCACCUCGCCAGCCCUGACUAUGUGUCCAUGGGCGACGUGUUGGACAUAGCCGCCAUACCGCCAGCACUGGUGCGCACCAUCGACCUGCGCCAUUUCGUCGCCCUCCACUGUCGCUGCAACGUGUCCGUCGCAUGCGGGGAGGAUGCCACGUGCCACGGGCUCUUCAGAGGUCUCACCUUCUCAAACCAGUCCUUCGUGCAGUGCUUGCAAGUGUGUGGAGCGAAGAUGGGUGCACCAGUGUCCUCCCUGUCGCUGCUUUGGGGUGUUGUGUCCAGCGCCGCCCGUGCUCACCGCCUGUCCUGGAGUGAUGAAAGCCUGUCCGCAUGCACAUGGGAGAGGAAGGGGCUUGUGUAUAUAGUGCCCAACCUCUGCAAUGAAACCGUGUGGACCAUUGGAAACUAUUCCAGCAAGAGCGAACUCCGCCAGGCUGUAAGGGGUCACUUCGAACACUAUGCUCCCGUCUGCAACCAGUUCUGUCGCGACCUGGAACAAUUUCCUGUGCCCACCAGCGUGCGAUCUUUGCAGCAGACACAUCCAAAGGUGAUGGCCUUUGGUUCCAUGUUCCAUGCCCCUAUCACUGACAUGUGGGUAGACUUUGGCCCACGCUUCAACGCAAUAAGAGAGGCGGCGCUGCCUUUCUUCUCCCCCCCAGUGGUGCAGCUCGCCAUGCAUUUCAUAGCGCAGCAAAUUCGCAGCCCUUAUGCCUGCCUCCACUUGCGCGGCUCCGAGACCCAAUUUGAGACGAAGCUCUCCGACACAGUCCGUAAGGCCGAGCAGUCCUUACAGGAAACUCGGAAGAAGAACUCACUCCCUCCUUUCGCGAAGCUGCACCUGUUCCUGAUGACUGAUCUGCCACUGAGCAAGUGGCACAGCCUGCUCCUCGCACGCCUCACAACCAUGGCUGUGGAGGUUCACACUCUCGAUGUGUAUGCCGCACGGCUCCGUGCCUUCUCCACAUCGCUGCGCACUUAUGGCCUUGGCCUUAGAGCCAACCGCAUCACUCCACCUGAUACUAACAGCACUUCGGACGCAUUGGAGCGCUUGGAGCAAGGAAGUGCAGACGAGGAUGGCAAUGAACUGAAUUGGUUCGAGUUCUUGAACCCGACGGUGCAGCCACAGCAAGUCAUUGAUCUGAAGCUGUUGGUGGAGGAAGCUAUAUGCUGCCAUGCAUCCCUUGGAACGAUUUUGACUGCUGGUUCCACAGUUAGCAGACUGAUAAAAAUGCAUCAGGAUGCAGGGCAUUGUAGGCAUUGAAGUCAUAGACUUAGUAAUUAAGACCCUGUUGAAUCUGGGUACGGUUGAAGUAAUUUUUUCCUAAGCACCACCUCUGAGAUGCAAGGGCCAGAUUUUUCACCCUGAUUUCCCUUGCCAGCAGCUGCUUUUUAGGAUCAUCCAAUUUUGAA